AUGAAAGAUGAAAUUGCUGCCACGGUUUUCUUCAUCACCAAGCUGGUGAAGAGGGAGGACAGGCUGAGCAAGCACAAAAUGGAGAAGUUUGCAGCCAAGCUGACCACGCUGCUGUUUGAGAAGUACAAAGAUCACUGGUACCUGGACAACCCCUCCCGAGGCCAGGCCUUCAGGUGCAUCAGGAUCAACAGGCAGCGGGCUCGGGAGCCGCUGCUGGAGCAGGCGUGCGCGCAGAGCGACGUGGCCUUCGAGCUGCUGGGGCUGCCCGAGGAGAUGACGCUGUGGGUGGAUCCCUUCCAGGUGUGCUGCAGGUGA